CGCUACCAUACCCCGCUAUGCACCUUCCUUGGUUCACAAUCUUCAAUCUUCGGACCACCUUCACUCUCUCGAACUCUCGAACUCUCAUCAUCUCCUCCCACAAUAAUUCAUUUCAAUCAACGCACCUACACCACAAUGAAUCCAAUGAGCGAGCACUUGAAUGAAAUGAUGAGCCAUCAGCCGUUGCCCUGGGCUGCUAACUUUGUGGUUACACUCGUCCAAGACAAUGCCGCAGGGAGGAGCUCCUCCCAAUUUGCAGAGCAGGAAGACGACACACUCCAAAGGCAACGACGAUCAUCGGGAAGCAAACCUCUCUGCCGCUGGACCAGCAGCUCUUGUGACAAUGACUCGCUGUCCAAGUCACAUGUAGCACGGACGUGCAGCCCACCCAGAAGACCACUGCGCCACCAAGAACCUUGUGCCCUGGAAGGACCUCCCAUUCCGCUAGCUGACACGGUAGAGGACAGUCCGCAUUGCGCAGCCAGGAACAUCAGUGUCAGUGAAUCAGUACCCACGGCAGAGUCGGAGGCCAAGAUUGGUUACAAUGCGGCAAGAUUAUCCCCUCCACCUGCAAAAGGGGCGGCUAUUGUAUUCUCAGCCACCAUGGCAUGACAUUGAAGUUGGAGACAGAGACCACAAGUGUCUCUCUCCUUCUCUCCUUUCCAGUUUUGCUUGUAUCUCUGUAACCUAAACAAACGCUACUUUCACACCUGCAAUACGCUUAGAAAGCUUAGACUAGCAAUAGAUACUGAAAUCUACCGUACAGAAUGCACACAUGC